AAAUACAUUACCGUGUCUUAAAAGAUAAACCACAUUGUCUUGUCUUGUCUUGCAAAUUACAAAAAGAAAGGUUACUAGAGAUUUUAUUUAACAAGACAUCACAACGCAAAUCAUAUCCAGGCAUCUUCAUAUCAUCAUGAUAACAGUAGCUAUCGCCGCCGAGUUGCUUGAAGAAUACACGUUGGCGCUCGCUCGCAUCACCGCAACACUCCUCCCUCAACCACCGACAAGUCGCCAUGGAAGCGCCCGAGCUCCCACUAGCGGCGGCCGAGCGGAUUCUCCCUUGCCUCGUAGCGACAUCUCAUCAUCUUGCGCUCCAAACUACGCCGCUUUUCUCUUAAAUUUCUGAGUUUUUUUUGUUGUAGAUUUUCGAAUGUUCUUAUUCUUUGCUGUUAUUCGAAUCAUGUAUGCUUAUGUUAUCAAAUAUGAACUUUCUAUUUAUUUUAUGAGUUUAUGCU